GAGAGAGAGAGAGAGAGCGCAUGUCCAAUCGUUCCAUGCAGGCUGUAGACGCUCCUCACCCCUGGCGAGUUUUUCUCUCUCUUUUCCCUCUCGCACUCUCUUCCACCCAUCUUGCAUGUGCUCCGUUUACCGUUUACCGAGGCGGACAGAGCUCUCUACAGCGGCAGCGGACACUGCGGGGGGAACAAACCCACUAUGGAUUGCUAAAACUCGGGCUUCUUUUUCUCUUUCCCUCCUUCUCUCUCGCCUUGUGUCAUCCUCCUCUAUGUCUCUCCACAGUUUUUAAGGGACGGAAAAUGAGGAUUAUUUACCCGCACUUUCUCGGGGUGUUUUCCGCCCUGUGGGGGCUGGUGACUGGGGCUUUCCCCAGCAGCGUUCAGAUAGGUGGUCUGUUUAUCAGGAACACGGAUCAGGAGUACACAGCGUUUCGAUUGGCAAUCUUCCUGCACAACACCAGCCCCAAUGCCACGGAGGCUCCUUUCAACCUGGUACCCCACGUCGACAACAUCGAGACAGCUAACAGCUUUGCCGUCACAAAUGCCUUCUGUUCGCAGUACUCGCGGGGUGUGUUUGCUAUCUUCGGCCUGUACGACAAGCGUUCGGUGCACACCCUGACGUCGUUCUGCAGCGCUCUGCACAUCUCCCUGGUCACACCCAGUUUCCAAACUGAGGGGGAAGGCCAGUUCACUCUGCAGCUCCGCCCCUCUAUCAGAGGAGCUCUGCUGUCUCUGCUGGACCACUACGACUGGAGCCGCUUUGUAUUCCUCUACGACACAGACAGAGGUUACGCCAUAUUACAGGCAAUCAUGGAGCGUGCAGGUCAAAACGGUUGGCAGGUGAGUGCCAUCUGCGUGGAGAGUUUCAACGAGGCAGCGUACCGUCGUCUGCUAGAAGACCUGGACCGCCGGCAGGAGAGGAAGUAUGUCAUCGACCUGGAGCCUGAGAGACUGCAGUGCAUUCUAGACCAGGCUGUUAGUGUGGGCAAACAUGUCAAAGGCUACCAUUACAUCUUGGCCAACCUGGGUUUUAAAGACAUAUCUCUAGAGAGGUUUAUGCAUGGUGGGGCUAACGUCACAGGGUUCCAGUUGGUUGAUUUCAGUAAGCCCAUGGUCCUCAAACUGAUGCAGCGCUGGAACAAACUGGACCAGAGAGAGUACCCAGGCUCUGACAGCCCACCCAAGUACACCUCAUCUCUGACAUAUGAUGGGGUGUUGGUGAUGGCCGAGGCCUUUAGGAAUCUGCGUCGUCAGAAGAUAGACAUCUCCCGUAGAGGAAAUGCUGGAGACUGUCUGGCCAACCCCGCUGCUCCCUGGAACCAGGGCAUAGACAUGGAACGCACACUCAAACAGGUGCGUAUCCAGGGUCUAACCGGCAACAUCCAGUUUGACCACUACGGCCGCAGAGUCAACUACACCAUGGACGUGUUUGAACUGAAGAGCAACGGACCACAACGGAUUGGCUACUGGAAUGACAUUGACAAACUGGUUCUGGUCCAAAAUGAAGUGUUGUUGUCCAAUGACAGCACAAACAUGGAGAACAGGACAGUCGUCGUGACAACUAUCAUGGAGGGUCCGUAUGUGAUGCUGAAGAAGAACUGGGAGAUGUUUGAGGGGAAUGACCAGUUCGAAGGCUACUGCGUGGACUUGGCCUCAGAGAUCGCCAAACACAUCGGCAUCAAGUACAAGAUCGCCAUCGUCCCCGACGGCAAGUACGGAGCCAGAGACCCCGAGACCAAGAUCUGGAACGGCAUGGUGGGAGAACUGGUCUAUGGGAAAGCAGAGAUAGCGGUAGCCCCUCUGACUAUAACUCUGGUCCGUGAGGAGGUGAUAGACUUCUCUAAGCCCUUCAUGUCUUUGGGGAUCUCCAUCAUGAUCAAGAAGCCCCAGAAGUCUAAACCUGGAGUGUUCUCCUUCCUGGAUCCUCUGGCCUAUGAGAUCUGGAUGUGUAUCGUCUUCGCUUACAUAGGAGUCAGCGUGGUGCUGUUUCUGGUGAGUCGUUUCAGUCCAUAUGAGUGGCAUGCAGAGGAGCCAGAGGAGGGCUCUAUUGAGCCAGGUCCCACUGACCAGCCACCCAACGAGUUUGGUAUCUUCAACUCUCUCUGGUUCUCACUGGGGGCCUUCAUGCAGCAGGGCUGCGACAUCUCACCACGGUCUCUGUCGGGGCGAAUAGUGGGUGGCGUGUGGUGGUUCUUCACUCUCAUCAUAAUCUCGUCCUACACGGCCAACCUGGCUGCUUUCCUCACAGUGGAGAGGAUGGUGUCGCCCAUAGAGAGUGCUGAGGACCUGGCCAAGCAGACGGAGAUUGCCUAUGGAACACUGGACUCAGGCUCCACCAAGGAGUUCUUCAGGAGGUCAAAGAUCGCGGUAUAUGAGAAGAUGUGGUCUUAUAUGAAGUCUGCUGAGCCUUCUGUCUUCGCUAAGACCACAGCGGAGGGCGUGGCUCGCGUCCGCAAGUCCAAAGGGAAGUACGCUUUCCUCCUGGAGUCCACCAUGAAUGAGUACACGGAACAACGCAAGCCCUGCGACACGAUGAAGGUUGGAGGCAACCUGGACUCCAAGGGCUAUGGCAUCGCUACACCUAAAGGCUCACAGCUAAGAACCCCGGUAAACCUUGCGGUUUUGAAACUGAGUGAAGCAGGCGUCUUAGACAAACUGAAAAACAAAUGGUGGUACGAUAAGGGCGAGUGUGGACCCAAGGACUCGGGAAGUAAGGACAAGUCCUCCCAGGCCCUGAGCCUGAGCAACGUGGCCGGGGUCUUCUACAUCCUGGUGGGGGGUCUGGGCCUGGCCAUGCUGGUGGCCCUGGUCGAGUUCUGCUACAAGUCGCGUGCCGAGGCCAAGCGCAUGAAGCUGCCCUUCACAGAAGCCAUGCGGAACAAGGCUCGGCUGUCAAUCACAGGCAGUGUGGGUGAGAAUGGGCGUGUCUUAACCCCGGACUGCCCUAAGGCCGUCCAUGCUGGCCACUCCCUCAGACACCCAGGGUUUAUCCUACCCUCGGGCCUACCCUGAAAACCAAAAACACACACUGUGCCUUAACCACACACACACACGGCUACGUCAUUACCACCCCGACACCACACACACACACACACACACACAGACCAGAGACCGCCAGCAAGCUAACAGCAACUACAGGGAGAGAGGAGGGACAAAUAUAACGCUCACCAUCACACUAAAAUCCUAAUUUGAGUGUAAACUUUGGGAGAUCCAUGAAACAAGGACAACAAGGUGACAAACUGACAGUGAGAAAGAACAAAUUAUGAUGAUGAUGAAGAGGACUUUGGGCACUGUCAUGAGCAGACAGACGUGACUUUAUCUGCUCCGAUGUGAUAGACUGCGUCCUCUAACAAGCCACACCCCUGAUCCCCUACCAGGAAACAAUGCUUCAGGACAAACACCAUCAUCAUCAUCAACAUUUUCAUCAUCUUCACUUGCCUGCAAAGAAUAAGAACCAGGAGAAUCACUUAUAAGACCAGAAAACUGUAAACCUGAAAACGUUGGACUGUACAAACCUGCUCUUUCGCCAUUAACUAUUCAGACGAACUUGCUUUCUUACAACGCUUUGGUCAGCGUCUCGCAAACACAACGCAGAGAUCACUGAAGUUACAGUAAUAGACGACAACUCAACGGAUAUCUCCAAACUCAUAUGGCUAACACGACCGUAGGAUUCACAGUGGUUUAUGAAAAAAAUAAAAAAUAAAAAUGUAAUAGUUAUUAACAACUAGACUUAUCACUUCUCUGGGCAGGGAACAGAGGUGAAGCUGUACAUUCUGUGAAAAGUUAAGAAAACUUAUCAAAGUAAAUUCCCCAUAUAAGGCAUUAUUUUUGACCAGGUCCACAUUUAACCAUCUAGAGCUCUGGUCAAAGGUAGUGUGCUAUAUGGGGGAUAGGGUAUAAUGUGAGACAUGGCCAUAUUGUGUUCCAGUGGAGAGGGAAGGUACUGACUGUAUCAGAAGCUUGCUUUUUAAACUGUUGUAAAUAACUGUGUAGCAAAACUGAACUCACCUCUCUUUUUUAACCAUCUUAGGUAAUAAUUCAUUGCAAUAAUGAAUAUAAGAAAAUGCCACAUGUAAUUAUGAAUACAUCUUUUUAUAAAUACAUAUUAUAUACAAUACAAAUGAAUAUAUAUAUAUAUAUAUAUAUAUACA